AUGAACAACCAAAAUAAUGCUUCUUACCCUAUUGAUGGUCAGCCUGAGAGCAGCCAGAAUGGAAUCGUUGGACGUGGACGUGGACGUGGACGUGGACGUGGACGUGGACGUGGACGUGGACGUGGAAGUGGAAGUGGAAGUGGACGUGGAAGUGAACGUGAUUUUAUGGUGGGGUCAAAUAUUUUUAAUUAA